AUGGACGCGCUCAAGAAUCUCUCGGCCAACAUCCCCGACUGGGUGAGGCGCCUCGAGGAGCUCAGCGGCCAGAUCGAGCAGCGCCAGAUCGAGCUGGCCAAGUUCGCCGAGGCCAACUCUCCGUCGCCGGCCGGCGACUCGCGCUCCAUGCACUCGAUAAAGUCUUUGAGGAACAAGGGAUCGACCGAAUCCCUGAGACCGACCGACGAGCCCGCAGACGGGGACCCGAUACCGGAAAGUGAAGACGCGGGAAUAACUCCGACUCCGAGCCCCGGCCCGGCCGCCUCUGAUGUCACCCCAACGCCAACAACAGUAGCAGCAAGAGCACAAACGCAAGCCACGCCGUCACCACCUGUCGUUGCAGAGCCGCCUACGACGACUACGACCACGACCACGACCAUGACUACGACCGCGACCGCAACCUCGACCCCUGCCCUAUUAUCUCCACAGCCACUCUCCAAUGGCAUAUCGCAGCAGAAGCAAGCAAGCGAUACAGAACUCAUGGAAGCUACUAGGGCGCGGGCGCGGGCCCUCGUGCGCAAGCGGAUACGGUCCGACUCGGUCGUCUCGGGCGACGGCGCGGCGGUGGCGUACCGGAGCAAGAACAUGGUGCUGGUGUACUACGACAGCUACGUCCAGGGCUUCUUCGAGGAGCUCGUCAAGUUCGUCUCGGGCUCGCGCAACCUGAUGCGCAAGGCCAAGAUGGCGGCAAAGGUCGCCCACAUCAAGCGCAUGGCCGAGCUGGAGAUGAGCGGGUACAGCGACGACGAAGGCGGCGGCAGCGACGAGCUCAAGGUCGACGACGACGGGCCGAUGCUCGCCGCCGACCCGGCGGCGCAGAAGAGGGAAGGCGACGGCGACGACGGGGGCGAGGACGAGGAGCUGCCGCCGCUCAAGUACGUCAGCACGCGGCAGAUGCACGUCCGGUCGCGGCUGGGCCCCGGCGGCGCCGCCAUGCUCAGGCCGUCGGGGCUCGAGUUCGUGCAGUCGACGUGCGAGCGCGCGGCGCACCAGUUCCUGCGCGACGGCGACUGCGGGGGCGAGAUCGCAAAGAUCAAGGCCCGCCUCGCCCAGACCGGAGGGCUGGCGUCGGCCGAGCUCGAGCGCAAGCUCAGGGAGGGGCCCUCGCCCGAGGACCUGGCGCUCCAGGAGGUGGCCACCAAGGGCCGCUCGUAUCGCCUGCCCUCGAUGCGGCGCGAGGCUGUCAAGAAGCCCGCGCUAGGGGCGGCCACGCCGACGCCGCCGGCCCUUUCCCCUUCCCCUUCCACUUCCCCUGCCCCUUCCCCUGCCCCCGCCCCUGCGCCGCUGGAUAUGGGCGGCAAUCUCGCGGUGGACGAAUCCGUCGAGGACGACGAGGAAGAGGUUAUGCCAAAGCUAGUUUACAAGUCGACCAGGCGCAUGAUGAGAGGCGACGUGUACUGA